AUGAUAAGAAGCUUACAAAAUCAGUUAAACCAAUCAAUGGACGACCUUUUUACACCAAACACCUUCGAAUUUGGUUAUUGUGUUAUGAGUUUGGAUCAAGCAGAACGUAUGUUAAUGCAGUCAGAUUUAACUGUCUUAAAACUAAGUGGAGUUGAUACAAAAAAUUUGUCUUUGAAAGGUUUUCAAAUGUCAAAAGAGAAUCAUAAUCGAAAUAAAAAAGAUUCUUCAUUUUGUAGAAACAGUUUUCAAGAAUUUAAAAAAUAUGUACUUUUCCCAAAAGCAAAAGGCAAUUCACUGAAUGCAAUUAAAGAGAGAAAAAUGAAAGAUGAGAUAUGUUUUCAAAAGGCAAUCUGUUUAGCUCUUUUAGGAUUUUUUGGAAACUUUACAAUAAAAAUACCAAAGAAAAUGACAAGUGCCACUAACCCACUCCAGUGUUUGGUUCAAAUCUCUUUGCAAAACAACAACAUUAAUGUGGAAGAAUUAGUUGAAAAAGUUUAUAAUAUGACUGACCCUAAAAACAAGAUGGAAGGGUCAAAAAAGACAAUACAAAGAAUACACAAUAAAAAUAUAAUGUAUGCUACAUCAAAUUUCUUGUUGGAUGUACUAAGGUUGUGCGGUUUCUUUUUUGAUUCUAAAUACCCAAAGAAGUCUUGUAAAUGUGUGGAACAGGAGAGAGUCUUAAGAAUAUAUUACCACAACAAACUUCUAUUGACUAAAGAAGACAUCAAUUCUUUUGGAAAAGAAAUUAACGACUUUUGA